UCAAGGAGACUAUGAAUUCACUGUGUCCAGAUAAACAAUGGCAGACCAAACUUAGUAGUGCAGGAUUGGUUUAUGUCCAUUUUGGAAAAUCUAUUAUUGCACAACUACUUAACAAAAGCCCAGAAGACCCAAUCACAAGCAGCAUUUUUGACAAAGUUUAUGAAAAUUUUGUGGAAGAAAUUGAUGCUAUAGACAAUGGAAUCUCACAGACUGAUGGCGUGCCAAGGUAUCACAUAAGCACUACACUCAGCAGUAGAGUGAGCUAUUUAAACCCAGCAUGGAAUCAGGGCAAUGUGGAUGCUGAUACUAGGUUUCAUAAAGCUAUGGAAAUGGUUGGAGCAGAGUUCUUGGACAGGGUCUCCUAUUACACUGAUUCAUGGCUGCCAGCAAGAACCCUUGUGGAAAAAGCACUGGCAGGUCGCUUCAAGACGUGA